AUGGACAGGCUGAUAAGCUUAGAGCCAUCGAACGUCGUAGCAAUCAGGAUUGAACCUGGACAGAAGUGCUCGGGCGAGCUUACUUUGCGUAAUGUAAUGUACACCAUGCCGGUGGCUUUCCGGCUUCAACCGGUGAACAAGACUCGUUACACCGUUCGACCACAAUCUGGGAUCAUAUCUCCUCUUAUGACCCUCACUGUCGAGAUUACUUAUAAUCUUCUUCCCAAUUCGAAUCUCCCCGAAUCAUUCCCUUACUCUGAUGACUCAUUCCUCCUACACAGUGUUGUGGUUCCAGGUGCAGCAGUUAAAGAUCCUUCAUCGACGUUUGAUUCUGUCCCUAUUGACUGGUUUACUACAAAGAAGAAGCAAGUAUUCAUUGAUAGUGGCAUCAAAAUCAUGUUUGUGGGCUCUCCGGUGUUGGCUCAACUCGUUGCCAGUGGAUCCAUGGAAGAAAUCAGAGAAGUGCUCGAGAAGAGUGACCCGGC